CCUCCUCCUCCUGCCGAAGGGAGUCGGUUUCCUGCCGCCGCCGCCCGCUCACUGCGCUCAGGGUUCGGGACAGAGGCCGGGAUGUGCCGUCGGAGCUCUCCGCUGCUGCCGCUGCUGCUGGCGCUGCUCUGCCGUCCCGACCCUGCUCCAGCUGAGCACUGCGACUUGCAGCCGGUGACAGCAGAGCCUCCCAUCACGCUGUCCUACACCACCAGCACGGUGCUGCGGGGCUGCGUCAGCAGCAGCUCUGUACAGACUGGACAUGAAGUGCACGUCCUCAGCAUCCAGUGGUCCAAGACCCCUGUCCCCAUGCUGAAUGUGUCCAUCAUACCACGAGCUGAUAACUGCACCCGGCAAGCAGUGCUCAUCCUCCAGUGCCCACAGUGCUCAGCCAGCAUCACCUCCCCGUGCCAGGACCUCCUCAUCCACACUGACGCCUGUCUGAGCCCCAAGGUGCAGGGCACGGAGCUGCCAGAGGCUGCCAAGGGAGAUCUGCUGGACUGGGUGCAGAACACCUAUAGGGGCAUCACAUCCUACAGCGAGCUGAAGGACCCACAGCGGAUCCACCUCCACCUGGGCGAAAAUGGCAGCAGCCCCACGAACUGCGUUCCCCAGAAGGACUUUGAUGCCACGCCGCAUCUUGAGGCUGAGGUCCUUUUUCGUGAGGUGAAGGGCUGCACCAGCAGCAGUGCCCACAAUGCCAGGGCUGCCCACAUUGUGCAGCUUCUGCACAAGCCCAGCUUGCCCAUCACGGAGGUGAACCUGACCCUGAGCUGCCCCGAACAGCAGCCGAACAACCAGAUCCUCCUCCUGCAGGGCCCAGCCAACCUCGCCUGGCUCCUGAUGCUGAACAACUGCAGCCUCAAUUUCCUGACCUCCGGCACCUACAAGAUCCUGCACAUCCCCAUGGGGCCACAGAAAGGGGAGCUGCUGCCCGACACAGAGGAGGGUCUCAUCGCCAAAGCCUUUGAGAAGAACUACAGCAUCAUCGCCUCCUACUCCGUCAUCCCCAUCAGCCCCCACAUCACACUGAAGAUCCACGAGCGUGAGGUGCCGAGGAAGCUGCCCGCAGUGCCCACCCCAUCAGCCCCUAGCCCUGACUUCCUCUCCAGCACGCUGCUCCUCUUGCUCAAGCCCUGGAAGUGCACAGAUGACACCAUGGAAAUCGUCAUCGCCAGGUCCCACCUGGAGCCCCUCAAGGACGUGGUGAACAUCACCCUGCGGGACAUCAGCUGCCAGGCAGAGAAGAAUGCCACGCACUUCAUGCUGCACACCCUGCUCAGCAGCUGCGGCACCUUGGUGGAGAGCCACGGCCAUGCCAAAAACGAGCUCAUCCUCAGCCUGUCCAAGGGCUCGGUGCUCCGGAGCGUGCGGGUGGCCUUUCAGUGUCCGAUCCCACGGGAGCUCUUCCUGCGCCUCUUCCCCACCGCCGACUUCAAGGCACCACAGACAGAGCUGGAGGUCAACAAGGAGGUGUUUGUGCAGGCAUCCAUGCACUUGGAGGACUACCUGGCCGACCCGCAGCUCAAGGAGUGUUAUCUGAUGGUCCCUGGCAUGGAUCCAAUGCUGCUGGUGCAGGGCAACAAGGCGCAGAGCUCCAGUGUGGCCAUGCUGGAGGAGCCCCCCAGCAACUGGACCAGGAAGGUCUGGCGCUUCCGCUUCACCUACACCGUCCCUGAGGGCAGGCACGUCCCUUUCUCUGCCACCCUCAAGUGCAAGGCUGGACUGCAGAACACCAUCUUCGAGAAGGUUUUGGAGGUGAAGGUGAAGGACGUCCGGCGGCCACCUAACAACCAAGGGCUGGGGCUGUCCGCUGUGCUGGGCAUCACCUUUGGAGCCUUCCUCAUCGGCGCACUCCUCACUGCUGGGCUCUGGUAUAUCUACUCGCAUACCCGUCCCAUCUCCAAACUGCAGCCGGUUUCCACCACGGCGCCAGCCUCGGAGAGCAGCAGCACCAACCACAGCAUCGGCAGCACCCAGAGCACCCCCUGCUCCACCAGCAGCAUGGCCUGACCCCCUCGGCCCCCCCCUUGGCCAUCACCCCACCGCCACCGCCAGCUCAGCCUCCAUAAAAGCCUUUUUCUGCCCCAAACCUCAGGCUGAGCCCGGAGGGGGCCAUGGCCCCAUGCUGUCCUGGGGGCCACCCUUACUCAUUCAGUGAAUGCUUUGGCCCCCCCCAAAGGCAGCCCAGGGCGAGGAAGGGGGGGCACCAUGCAACACCCCUCCAGGGGGUUCUCAGCAUAUGGGGGUGUUGGGGGAAAAACGUGGGUGCCCCCAGGAUGUGUCCUGGCACUUAGGCAGUGUUUGCACCCCAGCACCCACAGACCCUGCAUUACCCUUCCCCUGAUAACGUGGUGC